AUGGGGAAAGCGGCCGCUCUGUGCCGAGGCGGCGGCUGCGGCGGCCGCUCCCGCGGGCUGUCGUCGCUCUUCACGGUUGUCCCCUGCCUGUCCUGCCACACGGCGGCGCCGAGCAUGAACGCUCCCACGCCCGGCUCCGCACCGGAGCCCAAGCCUCAGCUUCAGCCGGUGCCCCAGCCUCAGCGGGAGCUGGUGUCAGAACAGGUGUCGGAGGCAGUUUCUGAGCGGGCGCCAGGAUCGGAGCCUGAGCCCAGGAAGAUGUCUCAGCCCAGGCCAGGGUUCACACAGGAACUGGAACUGCUGCCGGCGCUGGGGACCGGGUCGGGGCCCCGGGAAGAGCGGGGCUCAAACCCGGGGCCUGGGCCCCCCGCCAAGGCCCCCUUUGAGCAGGUGCCGGCGCUGGGGCCAGCAGUGGGGAGCGUGCCCCAGAUCAAACCCGAGUCAGGGUUGCUGCCGGCAUCAAAGGACCCGCGCCCGGGGCAGCUGAAGACGCACCUUGGGAUGGCAGUGCCCGGGAGCAGCUCGCCGUGCGCUGUCCCCGUGGUCUCACUUCCUCUGGACAACUUCAAGGGCUGGCUUCUCAAGUGGACCAACUACCUGAAGGGCUACCAGCGCCGCUGGUUCGUGCUCAGCAAUGGCCUCCUGUCUUACUACAGAAAUCAGGGGGAGAUGGCCCACACCUGCCGUGCCACCAUCAACCUGUUCACCGCGCACUUCGACAUGGAGGACUCUUGCGGUAUCAUGCUGACCAGCGGGGGCAGGACCUACCACCUCAAGGCCGGCUCGGAGGUGGAGCGGCAGCAGUGGAUCACCGCCCUGGAGCUGGCCAAGGCCAAGGCUGUCCGCAUGAUGAGCAGCCACUCAGAUGACUCUGGGGACGACGAGGACGGGACUUCCUCCCCAGCUGACAAGAGCGAGCUGCACAGCACCAUCAGGAGCCUCUCGCUGAAGCUGGACGACCUCAGCACAUGCAAUGAGCUCGUGGCCAAGCAUGGCGUGGCGCUGCAGCGCUCCCUGAACGAGCUGGACGGCCUCCGGAUCCCGGCUGAGAGCAGCGAGAAGCUGAAGGCGGUCAACGAGCGGGCCACCCUCUUCCGCAUCACGUCCAAUGCGAUGAUCAACGCCUGCAGGGACUUCCUGGAACUAGCGGAGGCGCACAGCCGGAAAUGGCAGCGAGCCCUGCAGUAUGAGCAGGAGCAGCGCGUCCACCUGGAGGAGACCGUCGAGCAGCUGGCCAGGGAGCACAACAGCCUCGAGCGCGCCCUCCGCGGCGCCCCGGGCCGCGCCGCCGGCCCCCGCAAGGGCUUCAGCGAGGGAAGCCUCUUCACCAGCAAAGCCGAGGACAGCGAGGACGAUGACACCGAGUACUUCGACGCCAUGGAAGACGCCGAGUCCUUCAUCACCGUGACCGCCGAGCCCAGCGAGGACGGAAAAACUGAGGCAGGGACUACGGGCUCCAUGGAAUGGACCACAGACAACGUGCUCGAUGGCGCCUCGCUUACGCCCCAGGGGCCCCCCAAAGUCAAGAGGCGUGUCCGCAUCCCCGACAAGCCCAACUACAGCCUUAACCUCUGGAGCAUCAUGAAGAACUGCGUCGGCCGGGAGCUCUCCAAGAUCCCCAUGCCGGUGAACUUCAACGAGCCGCUGUCCAUGCUCCAGCGGCUGACGGAGGACCUGGAGUACCACCGCCUGCUGGACGCGGCGGCGCGCUGCAGCAGCGCGGUGGAGCAGAUGUGCCUGGUGGCCGCCUUCUCCGUGUCUUCCUACUCCACCACUGUGCACCGCAUCGCCAAGCCCUUCAACCCUAUGCUGGGCGAGACCUUCGAGCUGGACCGUCUCGAUGACAUGGGCCUGCGCUCCCUCUGCGAGCAGGUGAGCCACCACCCGCCGUCCGCCGCGCACUACGUGUUCUCCAAGCAUGGCUGGAGCCUCUGGCAGGAGAUCACCAUCGCCAGCAAGUUCCGGGGGAAAUACCUCUCCAUCAUGCCGCUAGGUGCUAUCCACUUAGAGUUCCAGGCCAGUGGGAAUCACUACGUGUGGAGGAAAAGCACCUCAACUGUGCAUAACAUCAUCGUGGGCAAGCUCUGGAUUGACCAGACAGGGGACAUUGAGAUUGUGAACCACAAGACGAAGGACCGGUGCCAGCUCAAGUUCCUGCCCUACAGCUAUUUCUCCAAAGAGGUGGCCCGGAAGGUGACAGGAGUGGUGAGUGACAGCCAGGGCAAGGCCCACUACGUGCUGUCAGGCUCCUGGGACGAGCAGAUGGAGUGCGCCAAGAUUGUGCAAAGCAGCCCCAGCAGCCCCAGCUCAGACGGGAAGCAGAAAACGGUCUACCAGACGCUGCCGGCCAAGCUGCUGUGGAAGAAGCACCCGCUGCCGGACAACGCGGAGAACAUGUACUACUUCUCCGAGCUGGCCCUGACGCUCAAUGAGAGCGAGGAGGGGGUGGCGCCCACAGACAGCCGCCUGCGGCCGGACCAGCGGCUCAUGGAGAAGGGCCACUGGGACGAGGCCAACACGGAGAAGCAGCGGCUGGAGGAGAAGCAGCGCGUCAACCGGCGCCGGCGGCUGGAGGCCUGCUCCCGGGGCUGCGGGGUGGACGAAGAGAAGGAGGCCGAAGUGCACGUGCCGCUGUGGUUCGAGAAGAAGCUGGACCCGCUGACCGGGGAGAUGGCCUGCGUGUACAAGGGGGGCUACUGGGAGGCCAAGGAGAGGCAGGACUGGCACAUGUGCCCCAACAUCUUCUGAGCGCCGCCCCGCCUCCGGUUGCACGCGCUCAGUUCAGUGCUCCCUGGCCCUCCCCUCCCACCGUUCCCUUCUGUUCUUAAUAACACUUUUUGGGGUUCUCACCUUGGAAGGAGGACGUGCUGACCCGGGUUCUCUCAAGCCCCCAGGUGCCCCGGGUCUCCCACCCGCCUUCACCAUGGACUCGGGCCCGCUGGGGCCCCCAGCUCCAGUUCCCGCAACUCAGGCAGGCCGGUCCAGGCCCUGGGCUGCCUCAGUCACCAGCGCCCCCAGGGAGGAACCGGCCCCUCCCAGGGAGCCACUUCCCAGUUUUUUAGAAAAAAGUGAUCUCCCAUUUCUUUUCAGCCAAGAUGUUCAGUAAAUAUUUUUAGUACAGCACUUAGCGGACCACUUCCUAAGUGUGCUUUCUUGCCACACAAGUGUCCUGGCAAGAGCCCCUUCUCUUUAAGACAUCAGGAAGCCAGCCAGACCCUUUUGAGUCGGGAGCGCUGUGCAGCUCAAUUAGCAAGGCCGGCUGUGUCUGAGCUGCGGGCCCGCCGGAAGCCCAGGACCCCCAGAGGAAGGAGCCAGGAGAGCAGAGUCUCUGGAGCUGCAGCCGCGCCCACGGCUGCGGAGGGGCCCUCAGGGGCCGCUGUGGAGCCCGGGCACCUGGGCUGCUCCGCGCCCCGAGGCGCUUCCGCCGCAGAACCACGCCCGCAUCAGCAAUAAGAACUGAGCCUCCGCCCGGCCUGGGCUGGUGGCCGGGGCACCCGAGAACCCAGCGUCCCGCCUCCGGGGUACCCCAUCUCAGCGCCCCUGAGCUCUUUACUUGCCUGAUUUAUAUGUAUGAGGUAUAAAUAUAUAUAAAAUAGCUAUUUUGCUUAAAUUUCUAUGUAUGUAGAAGUGAAAAAAUGAUGAAGACAGGGUGCUCCUGUCUGAGUUUGGCCUUCCUGUCAGCUAUGCCCUACCCUCUCCUCAAGCCCCCUUCCAGCGGCUUCUACCAACCACUGGGCGGGGGGACUGGACCACGGCGGCCCUUUCCCAGCCCCUCAGAACUCCGAUUCCAACCUGUCACACCUCGGUUUGGUCCUAAAAAGUCAUCACAGGGUUUUACUUUCUACUCCAGGACUGGUUCUGUUUUUAUAAAAAUACAAAAGUGAAAACAUGAACGUAUGAAAGGCCUUAGGGUACCCACUGGAGGGCAGGCAGGCAGCCCUGCACAGACUGUGGCAGAGCUGUUCAGUGUUCCUCUUCU